AUGGCACAAGCAUACUGUACAGUAACAGCCAGAUAUUUACCUAACGGUAGAUGGUCGGAGGUUAACAAAAGCAAUGUGUUUGUUGCUGUGAUUGAGUUGAAAACCACAACCACAGUCAAAUUGAUAGAAGGACAAAAGGCAGAACAUAUUGACAUAAAGACUAACGUUCCACCACAGCUACUCUGUCCAACCGGCAACAAGGGACAAUGCCACGUCCAACUCGUCGCCACCAUCACCGCUAACAAAGAAUGCAGAUGUUCUGAAAAUAUAGUCUUCCCUCAGUUGGUUAUUGGCUGGAAACCAUCGCUAGGAUAUACCAAACCGUUCUGUGGCUCCUCUGUGACUGUUGGCAACUGGGAGAGUAUGAUACAGAUACCUGUUAAAGCGACAGUCGAUGGUCUGUAUGAUAAAGACAUGUAUCGAUAUGUUCAUGUAGUAGCUGUAAUAACUGGAAGUAUAAUCCACAAAACAGAAACUCAUGACAUUGGAAAAGUGAAGGUACAGAUAUACAAUCGGGACUAUAAAGCUACCUGUGCAUCUGUAAAUGAUCCACAUAUUACAUCAUUCGAUGGUCUGCAUUAUAAUAAUUUCCAGACAGGUGAAUAUAUAAUGUACCGACAUAAAACUUUACCUUAUGAGGUUCGAGCAUAUUAUAAACCCUGUAGUUCAAGAAGACCUACCGGACCAUCAUGCAACUGUGGAGUAGCCGUCAGGUCUGGUGAUGACGUCAUAACAUUAACCGGAUGUGCAAGUGGAUCAUCCAGCUUAUACCAAAAGCAUCAUGAUAGAGGACGUGGUCGCCAUCAUAAUACAGCCAAUCCUAUCACCAUCAAGAUGUUUAAAAAUGGCCAACUGACACCUGGAACGCGUAUCAGACGACUUGGUUGUGGACAAAAAUACGAGGUGCUAUUACCAACAGGAACCUACAUUACAGUACAAUCUAGUUAUCUCUCAUUUAUCAAUAUAUGGAUUACGGCUUCUUCUAUGGAUUAUAAACAGACUGAAGGUAACAAUCUUAUAUUCCGUAUUAUGAGAUUUCUACAUAUUAUUGUGUGA